CUUCCGGUUCAACGAAUGAAAACGAGGUUUAAGUCUUUUCCGUUUCCGCUGGAUCGAAAUGACCAAGGGAACAUCCAGCUUUGGUAAACGUCACAACAAAACCCACACAGCCUGUCGGCGGUGUGGGAGACGUGCCUACCAUAUCCAGAAGAAGACGUGCGCAUCAUGUGCUUAUCCUAGCCCCAAGAGGAGGCACUUUGAAUGGAGUGAGAAAGCUAAAAGGAGGAGGACUACUGGAACAGGAAGAAUGAGGUACCUCAAAACAGUACAGAGGAAAUUCAGGAAUGGAUUCCGUGAAGGAACAACUCCCAAACCCCGAAAGCGCACAGCUGCUGCACCCAGUUCUACUGUAGCUACUAAAUAAAUAUAGGGGGGUUUAAAAGUC